AUGGCGGCUUUCUGUAUUAAAACUUCAAUUCUUAGCAUAAUCCUUGUGCUAUGUAUCACCAACCUCAUCAAGGAGUCGAACGCCAUGCCUCCGUGGUUGAAGAACAGCGGAGUAUUCACGGAGUCAGCAGAGUGUCAUACAGAUGAUGAGUUACUGGACCUCUGCCAACGGUGCGCCAAGUUGACUAAAUCCCGUCUAGCAUAUCCCGCCUGUUGCUCCACGGACUUACAGGCUCGAAACUGGUGUUCGGACUACGUCUACUUUGGGAGAGGGACCUACGACUUCUACUUGAUUUGA